GACAAUCAUCAAUGGCUGAAGCUUCAACUUCCCAAGUUGUACCACAGAAGGACAUUGUCUAUUGUGGAAUAUGCCAAUUCCCAGUUGAAUAUUGCGAAUUCAGCAAUUCCUUCAAAAGAUGCAAACAAUGGUUAGAAGAGGAAUUACCAGAGGUAUACAUAUCACUCUAUUCAGAAAACGCUUUGAAAGAUAAAAUGGGUUCUCUAUCUGUCGAAGCAGAGAAGAAGUUAGAGCAAGACGUCGCAAAGAAUGAAGCAAAAGCCGAAAAGAAGGCACUCAAGGAAAUAGAGCAAAAGAAGUCAUCAAAGAUUACGAUCAUAAGAGAAGAGAGAACCAAGAGAAAGGUUACGACGCAUAUCCAAAACCUUGACGCUUUCAGCGUCGAGUUAAAACCAGCUGCAAAGUUAUUCGCUCAGAAGUUCGCAACAGGCGCUUCUGUAACAAAGAACCCUCAAGGCAAAGAUGAAAUUGUUGUUCAAGGUGAUGUAACUGAUGAAGUUGAAGAUAUGUUACAUGCUAGACAAAAAGUCUUAUCGGUAUUACCUGAAAAAGUCAAAGUUAUAAAGGAAGAUAAGAAGAAGAAGAAAGCUAAUGUUGAGGGCGCUGAGGAUGGUCAUCAAGAAUGAGUGAUAUGAUUAGUUGUAGUUAUUAAAAAUUUCAUCAUUUAAAAAAUCGAAGUUUCAAGUGUCCAAGUUCUUCUUGACCAGACUUUUAGUUUUUGAUUAUUUAACUCUAUUUCUAUACCAUCCCACCAACAUUUUCUCGCGGGCUUACGCCAAAACAGUAGUAAUUUUUGUGCAGUGAGCAAUUGAUUUUGAUCUAUUUUUGGUGGAUUAACUGAAAUACCGGUAUUUAAUAAAACUAAAGCUAUUGAAGUAAUGCAGCAUCUAUUUGGUUCUAAGGAUCUGAAUCCCCAUUCAUCUUGCCUGUCAAAACCAGACAUGCAGAGCAUAUCAAUUAGAUGUUGUUCAGCUAGAUUGUUCUCCUUAUUAAUAUUCCUUUGCAAAGCAGUAAAGAUCUUCUUAUUCUCGAGCAGUUCCUUAGCUGUGAGUAAUUUGUAGUUUUCAUCUUUAUUGUUUGAGAUAACAAAAUACUCCAAUUCCUCUCUAAGGACGAUAAUAGAUUGUUUCACUAACAGCGGGUUAUUAAGGAACUCCUCAGGUUGGGCUUGUUGUUGUAAUAACGCUUGUUGCUGAUGUAUUCUCCCAUUGAGACCGUAAAACUCUUGUUUUGAAUAAUUAAAGAAAUCAAUCACGUAUUUAAAGCAAUUAGGAUCAAAAUCUACGUAAUAGAUAUCUUCCUCCUCCUCAUCCUCUUCUUGUUGAUCCUCAAGCUGAGGUUUCGAUAAGACCAAACCGUUCGGGAAGAGACAAAGUAAGAUAGACUCGGGCAGAUUCAUUAACUGAUCCCUAUCUACAACGAAAGAUUCACCGCGUAAAUCUAAAUUUAAUUUCAUAACGAGCUGUGAACUUAAAUCGACGUUCAUUCUUACUGUAGAAGAUGGUUGUAUCUAAAUAAAAGUUAAUUUAUUAAAUAUAAAUAUAAAUUAUUGAUUUUUAAUAUAAUAUCUCCCUCUAC